AUGACUCUUCUCUCUGAUAAGCUUGUUCAUCUCAUUCAAACCUUGUCUUCCAUUGCAUUUUCUCUUAAGCAGAAGCUCAUGAACCCAACCUUGUUGCUUGGUGCCAAGCUAUGGGUUUUGAUUGUGACCUUGAUUGUUCUAUUCACCCUUCUGGUGAUUGUCAUUGUCUUGGUGAUCUACAUCAUCAAGUACCUGCGAGGCCGAAAAUCCUACGACACUGAUUUGUGUGUACAAACUCCCAUUGCUUCUAAAGUCCCUCACAAUCCCUAUGGCCACUCAUCCCUCAAUCGGAGGCUACUUUCGCUUAACAUGUCCGAAAUUGAGAUGAACAUUGGGAAGGAGAGGCAUACUGUGUUCUCUGAUCAGCUGUCCUGUACUGGUGCCAGUGGGAUGACCCCAACUAGUGCUAAGGUGAAUGUAUUGCAAUCUAGGUACAUUCCAGUGGUUAAAGAUGUGUGGAGAGGUGACAAGUUUACUUUAAGGGAACUUGAGGCAGCAACAAAUGGGUUUGGUAAAGAUAAUCUGAUUGGCAAUGGAGACUAUGGCAUUGUUUAUCAUGGCGUUCUGUUUAAUAAUACUCGAGUUGCAGUGAAGAGGCUUGUGAGUGACAGUUGCCAUGAGGAUGAUUUCAUAGCAGAAAUGGAGGCUAUUGGGCAUGUGAGGCACAAAAAUCUUGUCAAACUGCUCGGAUACAGAAUCGAAAGAGCUUACAGAUUGCUUGUGAAUGAGUAUGUAGAUAACAAAAGUCUGCACUAUUGGCUUCAUGAAUGUCCACUAAAUGUCAGCCCUCUAACAUGGGACAUCCGGAUGAAAAUAAUCCAAGGAAUAGCAAAAGGAUUGGCCUACCUUCAUGAGGAUAUUGAACCAAACAUUUUCCAUAUGACCCUAAUAUCUAGCAAUGUACUGCUUGAUCAACAGUGGGAACCUAAGCUUUCUGAUUUUGGCCUUGCUAAGCUAUACAGUCCGGCGUGGGGAAUCACUAUAAUGGAAUCGUUAGGUUAUGUUGCCCCAGAAUAUUUUGCCACUGGUGAUUUUGAUGAGAAGUCGGAUGUUUAUAGCUUCGGAAUACUUCUUAUGGAGAUAAUUUGUGGCAGGAGUCCUAUUGAUCGUACUCAAUGCCAACCAUAUCUGAUAGACUGGUUAAAGUCCAUGGUUGCUAGUCAAACAACUGCUUAUGUAGUUGAUCCUAAAUUGCCAGAGAAGCCAUAUUCAAAAGAACUCAAAAGGCUUCUUCUGGUUGCUCUUCGUUGCGUUGAUCCUGAUUUAGAAGUUAGGCCGAGAAUGGGAGAAGUUCUUCACAUGCUUGAGCAUGCUCGAACCCCUGGACUUGCUAAUGGACAGUGUAAGAUCUACAGCUUUGUCUCCUCUCCAUUUGCAUUUACAUUCUAUGAUCAAUGGCUUAUGAGAUAUAGAGACUGCUCGUCAUCUUCGCCUACAAGAAAGCUUCUGCAAGAAUAG